AUGCAAGAAUCCAUUAUGAGUGCUGAGACUCUAGAAGAGGGUGAUGCUAACGCUUUAAAUUUAAUAAAUAGUUUAGUAACUGCGGAAGAGGAACAACAACUUCAACAUCAUCAUGCUCACCACCAACAUCAUGAUUUUACAGAACUGACAGAUAAUCAUUUUCUUGGUGACCAUCAUUCUGCUACCACUCCAACCCUUUCCGAUUCUAAAAUUCAUCAUGACAAUGAGAUACAUUCCGUUACGGAUGAAGAACAUUUAUUCAAUUUUAAUUUAGGUAGUGGAACAACUCCAACUAAUCAACCACACCGAGAUGACGAUUCAUCCUCUCAUCAUCUUGUUGGUAAUUUUGAUUCAACAACCUCUACUCCAAUAGUACAAACAAACACAGGUCAGCCUUUGGAUGAUAGGGAUCGAUUAUUAAAACGAAUUAAUGAAUUAGAAGAACAAGUAAGAGCUUUGAUAGAAGACAACAAACAAAAGACUGAUGCAUUUAAUGUUAUCACACAACAUAAUAUUGAUUUAUCAUAUCAAUUACAAAUUAUUCAAUAUUACCAUCCCGAAUUAAUAUCAGCAAUUCCUCCACCAAGUGCUGCUAAUCCAACACCAAAUUCUCCUCUCAUGUUAUCACCAAAUAAUCACCACCAGCAACAUAUUGCAACUACAUCACCAUUCUUUUCAAAUCCAACAGGUAUUACGCCAUCUUCUCACUUUUCAACUUCUCCAGGCGUAUUAUCAAAUAUUACAUCACCAAUGACCUCUCCUUCUGCUAAUACUCCCAACAUGUCAAAUAAUAUUAAUGGAAUUUCACCAAAUCUUCAACCUUCAUUGGUUCCAAAUAAUCCAGCAGGUUAUUACCCACUUCAUCAUCCACAUUUAAUGCAACCAACUCCUCUCAUUCCACAACAACCAAAGAAUGGAACAAAAAAGAAGAAGAAAAAAGGAGAAUCACCUGCAGUUAAUUCUUCAUCAUUUCAAUCACCAAUUUCCUCUGUAACAUCUCCAACUUCCUCUGUACCAUUAAAUAAGAAACAGACUAAAAAGAAGAGAAAACAUGAAAGUGAUGGAGAGGAAACUUCCGAGUCUGAAGAUGAAACACCUGAAAAUGCCACUUCUACCCCUUCAAACCUUCCACCUGUUAAUACUCAUUUACCACCACCACCUUCAUCAAAUCUUCCACCAAAACCUAAAGUAACACUUCCACCUCAACCAUCUAAGCAUUUGCCAAAGCUUCCACCAAGAUCUCUACUUCCUGGUAUGGAUCCUUUUGCUAUGCACGCUACAACACCUUUUCCAUUUCCACCUCCUUCUGGUUUACCUCAUCCACCAUUGGGAAUGAGUGAACAUCCUUUAAUGAUGGAUCCAUCACUUCUUCAACAUCAUAUGGCUCAUCAUUCUUCAGAAGCUCCUUCUCCAGGUGCCUUCUCACCAAUGGGAACAACAGCUGAAACUCCAGGUGCAUCAAAUCAACGAAGAAGAAGUAAAAAGGGUGAAGGAAUUGAGAAUAGUGAUAGUAGUGAGACAUUAAAUCCAUCCAAUGCUGAAUUAGAAAUUAGAAAAUUAUUUGGAAAAGUUAACAAUGGAGGAAAACGAGGUAUUUUAGCUGUUCAUGCAGGUGAUGGUUUGGAAGCUGUUAAAGAAAUUAUCAGACAAACUCUGGAUCAGGUAGAAUUACUAAAGAAUCGAUCUGUUACAGAGUAUAAUUCUAGGAAAGAAAACAAUGCUAUGAAUUGCAUUAACAAGGCUUUGGAUUUAUUACACCAAGCAACACGUGGAAUAGUUGGAGGUUUAUUACAAUUAUUAGAGUCGAGUAUUUCUCAACUUUUAGAUGGUACAAGAGAUAAUUGGGGUUUAGAAAUAGCUAAAAUGAUGGAAAAGAGUUGGUUAGAUUUAUUCUCAGUUAUAUUUGUAGAAUCUGAAAUCACCAGCUAUACACAAUUAGGUACUCUUGUUGAUCCUAUACAAAUGCAAAGUUGUCUUGAAGAACUUCAAUCAUUUGGAAAAUCUCUUUCUUACUUUAAAUUUGACCAUCUGACUAGAGUGUUCAAUAUCAUGUUUGGUUACAUGAAGAAGAAUAACUCUGUAGAGUGGUAUCUGGGCUUUUGUUUACAAAUCAGAUAUUACAAAGAGUAUUGUGCCAAAAUGAUUGAACUUUAUCACUAUGAAGAUUGUUUUAACAAUAUUGUAAAUAAUAUUCUCACAGGAAAUGCUCACUCUGAAAGAACAGGAGAUUAUAAGGAUGAAGAUAAGACAUAUCUUGUCGAGUAUGCUGUUUUAUGUCUCACUAAAAUUUAUGAUCAAUCUGUAGAAAUUGUCAGACAAGAAUAUAUUGAUAACCACAUUGAAGAUAGUAUGCCAAUCAACUUGUCAAAUACUCAAUAUUCAGAAAUGUUGGAAAAGAUAAUGGGUAGCUGUGUAAAUAUUCAAAAUAUUGUUUUAUACCCAAGAGAAUUAGUCCCUCUACUCAAAUUUUUGUUAAAGGUUUUCCCAAGUGAUGAAGCUUUUAUAGAUGGAGGAGGUUUGGGAGAAACAAGACAAGAUAUUAGACAUUUAACAUUUAUUGCAGAUCUUUUAUUUAUUAUGAGUAGAUUUAUUGUUGAAUUAGAUGAAUAUAACGAAACCAUUGAUUCUGUCAAAGCAGUAGGAAGAAAGAUUGUACUAGAAUGUACAGACAACCUCCUUCAAAAGCUGAUUAAGAUUAGAUUUGAAGGUGCUGCAACACAUUUGAAGGAAAUUUUGGAAACAAAUGACCUUUUCAAGAUGAGUAUUGCUCAAAUUUGUGAGAAGGCUGUUUGGAUACCAAUUCAUCAAGAGGAGAAGGAUUAUAACUGGAAGUCUCUCCAUGACUAUAAUGAAACUCUGCAGAUCAAACAAGAUGAAGCUGCUGUUACUGUUAGAGGAAAACUUUUGGAACAUUUGAAAAUACUAUUACCUGGUGCAUCUCAAUAUUUAUCAGUAAUGAUUGAUUGUAUUAAUUAUGCACUUGGUUGUAAAAUUGAAAACAGAAGUAAUACCAGUUAUGAACAAUUUUUCAAUGUCAUGAAGAGAAUUGGCGUUCACUAUUUACAAAGUCAUAGAGAAGCCCAAUGGGAAGAACUACUUGCAAAGAUUUACUUUAUUCACUCUAGGAAAGUUAAACUGAAGAAAAUGUUAAAACAAUGGAAUACAGAAUUUAAGGGCAAGAUGGAAACCAAUGUCAACUGGUAUGAUCAAUUAUUAGGAGAGAAUUAUGUAGAGACAGAACCUCUUGUUUUGCUACCAAAAGUUGAAGAAAAACCUCCAGUUCCAAUAUCUGCUCUGCAGCCACAACCUGUCCUUAAUCCAGCCACCACAAUCACUUCAAAUACACCAGUCACAAGCACUACCAACGCAGUCACACCUACAACAAUUACUCCAGUGACUUCUACCACUUCCUCAACACCCUCCUCUGGUGGUCUAACCACACAAACCCUUAAAAGAAGAAAAACUAAACUGGUCAAAGUAGAGGAAGUUUCCUCAAAUGGAAACAAUUCAUCUUAUCCAAACUCUACAAACGCCUCAACUACCACCACAACUACAGCAGCAGAGGAUGAUAUGGAAGAGGACGAAUAAAUGCUUUGCCACUUAU